CUUCAAUUUUUGGGGGAGAAGACCCAUCUGAUUAAUACAUUAAUGUUAUACGUAUAUGAUUUGCCACAGUUAUUUAAUAAGCCUUUUUAAUUCAUACAAAGCACAAUGCACACUAAUCAACAAAUGCACAAGAUAUAUAUGUAUUUAUUUCCAGAUGUAUUUAUGUACUCUUAUCUAUAUAUAUAUAUAUAUAUUUUAACAUUUUAAUUCACUAUUUUUAAUACGUAUAUUUUCGUAUGCUUAUUUAUUCUUUUGUUAUUCUCAUGUCAUUCUCAGUCCUCCAUUGUACUGUGUGUAGAAUAUUAAGUGAUAUUAUUAUAGACACAAUUGUGUUUAGGGCACUUUAACUGCUUUACUGAAGGCACAGUCAUUGUGAUCGUACAAAAACAAUGUUUACUUACCUUUGUUUCAGUUCAUUUGUUCUGAAGACAUAAUAUGCUCCAAAGAUUUAAUCAUUGACUUUAUCACACGAGUGCAGCAAACGCCGCACGCUUUUAUCCAAUCACAGUUGGAGUUCUCGGCGUAUCUCGGCGCUGAUUGGCCGAAUUGACUGCCCGUCAUACGUUUAGGGCGUUGCCACUCUCGGCAGCUGUCAGAUGCAGAGCUUCUCUUGUAAACGGCAGAAAACACGGCAGGACAGAUGAAUAUUGGACAUUUGUGAAAAAAAGCGGUCUUUUAGAAACAAAGAGUGCUGAUACUCCCCAGGCAUCACCUGACCUUCAGACCCCUAUCCCGUCAUCAUCAUGGAGACCGCUAACAGCUACGUGCUCAUCCAUGGGAAGAACAUAUCCCAAAAUACCCUGGCAGGCUCUGCAGCAGGACCCCACAUGUCCAUCGAUAAGCUGUUCCCGGCUCUGCUCGAGUGCUUUGGCAUCAUAUUGUGUGGCUACAUAGCUGGCAGGGCAGAUAUCAUCACACAGAGCCAGGCGAAGGGUUUGGGGGCCUUUGUGUCUAAAUUUGCUCUUCCAGCUCUGCUCUUUAAAAACAUGGUGCUUCUGGACUUUGGAGACGUCAUCUGGGCGUUUCUCUGGAGCGUUCUGGUCGCUAAGGUGACCGUGUUUGUGCUGGUGUGUGUGCUGACUCUGAUGGUGGCCAGUCCAGACUGCAGAUACAGCAAGGCGGGCCUGUACGCCAUCUUCGCUACGCAGAGCAAUGACUUUGCCUUAGGAUACCCCAUAGUUGAUGCUUUGUAUCGGAGCACAUAUCCAGAGUACCUGCAGUACAUCUAUCUGGUUGCCCCGGUGUCUCUCAUGCUCCUCAACCCCAUCGGCUUCGCUCUUUGUGAGGUGCAGCAGUGGAGGCAGACCAACCAUUCACACAGCACUAUGCGCAUCUUUGGAGUCGUCGUCCUACAGGUGCUGAAGAACCCCAUGGUGUUCAUGGUGAUAAUAGGAAUCCUCUCCCACUUUGCGCUGGGCCAGCAGAUCCCCGCCGUGCUCUCACAGUUCAUAGACGGCCUGGCCAACUCUUUCGGAGGAGCGGCUUUGUUUUACCUCGGCCUCACUAUGGUUGGCCAGCUUAGAAAACUCACCAGAGACACCGGAGUCGCUUUGAUUCUCCUCAUCACUGCCAAACUCCUGGUGAUGCCGCUGGUGUGUAAAGACAUGGUGGAUAUUCUGGAUGUUGGAGUGAACAGCACCAGCUCCAAUCACACCAGUCUGUCUAACUUUGCCUUCCUGUAUGGAGUCUUCCCAACGGCACCCAGUGUGGCCAUCUAUGCUGCACACUACAACAUCGAGCUGGAGGUGGUAACAUCAGGGAUGGUGAUCAGUACGUUUCUGUCGGCUCCCAUCAUGUACGUGUCGGCCUGGUUACUAACGAUCCCUCUGAUGGACCCCGCCCCCCUGGUGACUGAACUUCAGAACGUUAGCUUCAACAUUAGCAUCGUUAGCCUGGUAGCGCUGGUGUGGACCAUAGUGGUGAUGUUGCUAAGCAGGAAAUUCAACAGACUCCCUCACCUCUUUGCCUUAAAUCUGUUCCUCGCCCAGUUUUUGGUGUGUGUCAGUAUGAUCCUGUGGAACUUCUUGGCGACACAAGAGGACAAUCUGGUGGGAAAGAUCCUGACCUUCACUCUGCUCUACGGCUCUCUGUACAGCACCUACAUCUGGACGGGUCUGAUCCCUCUGUGUCUCGCCCUGACUAACAGAAAUGAUCUGCUGAGACUCAGACCAGGAGUAUUCAUGGUUUUGGGUUGGGGGGUUCCCUUCCUUAUGGUGGGAGGUCUUCUGUUAGUAGGCGAACGGACUGAUUCCAUAGACUCUGCCUUCUUCUACGGUAGAGCUCAGAUAAUCAGCACCACGGUGGUGCUUGCGGUCAGCCUGGUGCUCGGUGCGAUCUCCCUGAUGGGUCUCAGCCAGGGGGAGCGGGAGCAGACCGGCUACGAGGCCCUGAACAGAGCGGCUGUAACAGGCCUCAACGAAGAGCUGAGGACCACUGGUGGCCUGGAAGAUCCACAACAACAACAACAACAACAACAACAAAGAAGAGACGAUUACCUCACCUGUUCUGUUGUGUCUUCAGACCUCCACAGUUUCUCCCCUCUCCAGCCAAUACCUGACAUGAUAGCCAGCACACAGACAGAGCUGUCAAACGGCACAGGCCACAGUGGGGCGCUGUUUGACGGGCUUCCGAGUUCCUCCUCUGAGCAGCCGCUAAACCUGCCCCCCCCCGGGCUGCAGCCCACUGACGAUAAACAGACAGUCAGACACGCUCUGCUCUGCCUGCUGCUGUUUGUCAGCCUGCUAGCGAAUCUGUCCAGCUGUCUGUGGUGGCUGUUCAACAAAGAUCCAGGGAGGCUCUACCUGGAACUGCAGUUCUUCAGUGCCGUGGCAAACUAUGGACAGGGCUUCCUGUCCUUUGGGAUCUUCGGUCUGGACAGACAUCUUAUUAUCCUGCCCUUCAAGAAGAGGUUUCUGGGUCUGUGGCAGGGCAGGGAGGCUGAGGAUUUGAGUCCCUCAGCUGUACCGGAGGAAGUCAGACUCACCUGUACGCAGUUUGUCCGCUAUCACAAAGACCAGUGUGUACAGGACAUCGUGCACACACGCAGGUAUGAAGAACCAAAGGAGGAAGGUGGGGCUUUGAGACAUUCCCCCUCCCAUCAGCCCCUUCACCUGCAUCAGGAGUCGCAGGUUAUGCACCAAAGUCCAGAUGAAACCAGCGCCGGAUACUCGCCUCCAUCCCAACUUGAAAAUAAAAACCAAGCACCUGUUUCCAUCCCUGAGGAGCAGAGUCUCCAGUCUCCUGACACAGAUAACCCCCACCUCCUGCACCAGCAUGAUCUCCAUCAGCACACCGGCAUUGAGGGUGUGUUUCGGGGCAGUGAUUUAGUGGACUGGCUGGUGCAGAGGGGCUUGUGUUCGGGGCGGGCGGACGCCACACUGUAUGGCGUUCGGCUUCAGCAGGGAGGAGUGUUGGAUCGUCAGCACAUCUUCAGAGACGAGCCCUCGCUGCUGUACUGCUUCACACAGCGGAGUAAAGAGGAGGGGUGGGCCCACAUCAUGUGAGAGGGAGCAACAGGGCUGCACAAUUUAUUAGAAAUGUAUCGGAAUAUGGACUAGUGCAAUAUCCAAAUUACAGGAAGAGUGGUAUUUGUUUGAAGUGGGUUUUCAUUCACUAGUUCACUUAGUCUGCCGGGGUAUUUUCAUUCUGACUUUGAGACCUUUUGUGACACUCAGUGCUCUCACAGAAUGCAGGUCAAUUAUGAAGGAUUAUUCACAGUAAAACAAAGCAUCCAAAUCCAAAUUGCAUAUUGCUUGGUCCACUACUGACUUGACCAAGACACUACGUAAAGUAAAUAAAAUGCACAACUAAGCUGACACGUGUUAUCACAAUCAAAAGCGUAUAUCGAGCUUGCAGACGUCCCUGAUUUAAGGCAUAGCUUCAGAAUAAUCCAAAAGCAUCAAUAUAUUCGUCAAUAUUUACUAAAUUAUACAAAAAUAAUGUUAUUCAUUUACCUGAAAUUCAGUCUUGCCAACACAUUUUUUUCCCAGACACAAAUAUAUGCUAAACGUUUGUUAAAUAAUAUUUAGAAUGAAGCAUUAUGGACCACCUUUGCAAAACAGAUAUGUGUGGUUCAGAUCCUCUUCAAACAAUAACACAUGAGUUCUCAGUGAUGAUGAUAGUGAGAAUAAAACAUAUCAGUCACUCCAAUAUCCUGAAUCAUAUCGCCAUUGGUUACUUUUUCUAAUUGUGCAGCCCUAGUGGAGGAAGAGUUUUAUUCAAAGGUGUGUUUGAUUUAUUUAUCCAUAGUGGCAGCCUCUCGCUUGUCCACUCCCUGUCCAACAUUUAAAAUGGCCCGGUUCUAUGAGGCUGUAUUUACACUCCCUUGAAUAACCAUAAGAAAGCAAUGGUUGAAGACGAAACAAGCGCUCCCUCUCUCUGGGCUCCGGACCAAGUCUUCUUUGAUUUUCACUGCUCUAAAUGGACCUGCUGUUGAUCAUAGCUUUAUCAUUGAUCAUGAUGUGACACGUGUUUUUUUCUGGAUUCACUUCUCAUUAAGUGAAGGACAAAUAAGCUUUGUUGUUUUUACCAGACGUCCAUCAGCCUCGAAUACUGUAUUCCUUAUGUGCCAUGUGUUUCCUUUGAGCCAAUGGGCUGCAGGGCUGCUCACUGAAAGGCGUUCCUGCUCGCUCUGCUUCAUGUUGUUUCCGUUCAGAUGACGUCCAAUCAUCUCGCCUGUUUUCCAGUAUUAGAUAUUUUGCACGUUGUGUCUUUUAACCACUCUGGUCUACGGUAUGUUCUUGCAUGACUCGGAGCAGAACAGACUGACUUCUGCCCCGCACUGACCAUCUCUGCACUGACUGAAAAUAACCGUCACGUUUCUUUUAUAUGCAACUCACUGGAUGUGUGUGUUGUGAUGAUGCUGCGGGAGUUUGUUAUAAUUGCAUUGUGGUGUCAUUUAAAACGUCUAUUUAGGACUGAGUGUUGUCACACAACUAAAUAAAUUGAUGGUGGAACAUUUGCACAGAUGUCUGCAAGCCAAAUCUGGCACCAGGUAUUUAAUAUAUGCUUUUUUUGGAGACUGAUCAGAAAAUAAAUGCCAAGUUUCCUCAAGACUGUAGUGCGAAACAUUGGAAAUUCCCCAGAAAUCUAAAACAAGUCUGAUCGAGGGUUUUGCUUUGUGUUGUUACACUUUGAUACGCCUGAUAUAAUUACAGUCCCAAACUGGUUCCUAUCUACGGUGGCCGGCAGGUACAAACGACCUUGUGCCACCACAAGCUUCAGAAUCAGGACUGAUGCAAAUAUAAAACACUAAGGUGCCAAAAUGCAUGCAAAUUAAGAAAUUCACCAACUUUAGGAAACAUAUUUAUUGAAAGUGCUGCAAGAAGAUGAAAACAACAGAAACCAGGGGGCGAUUAAAGCUUCUUUCUCCUAAUGGAAGUGUGUAAGGCUGCUGUAGUGCGUGCACCUGUCGGCCGGCGUAGCUGUUGUACGCAAACAUUAUGAGUGAAGUAUCCUUACCUUCACUGAGCUGUUUACAGAUGGUUCGGCUCUACACUACACUCCUGUUUGCCUGUUAAGGUGCUGCUGAUUUGUGAUGCUACUGGGAAAUGUGCAGUGUGUUGCAGAAGAGGGAUGGAUGGUGAUACAUGCACCUGAGCAGAGAGAGAACGACCACUCAUUGGAAUCAUUCCAGGAGAGAGGGAAGAAUUAUGCUGUUGUAAUUUCUACCUGUAAGAAACACAAAAAAGACUAAAAUUCCCUAACUUAAUAAAAGUUUUGGCAUCAAAAUAUACUUCAAAUGCUAAAAGCAAAAGUACUCGGAAUCCAUAUUAAAUGACUGGAUUAUGAUCAUUGAUGCAUUAAUGUUUGCACAGCUGGUAAAGGUGGAGUAAAAAGUACAAUACUGGCUUCCAAAAAGUAGAAUAAAAUGAACAUACUCAAGUACAAAUAUGUCAAAAUUGUACAAUACUUGAGUAAAUGUACUUUAUUUCAUCCCACAACCCUUUCACAUGAAGUAAAAUGUCCAAAAUAAAUACAUUUCUGCUUUCCUUUAUCAAAACCACAUCAGAAACGAUGUGCAUGUACGUCCAUCUGUGUGUUUCUGCAAACUGACUCCAUAUUUCACUUUCACGUCAGGUUGUUGUUUUACUGAGUGCCUGCUUAUACCAGUGUGCAAGUGUGUGUGUAUGUGUGUGUGUGUGUGUGUGUGUGCAUGCGUGUCAGAAAGAGAGAUGUUACCAUGAGGUGUGACAGUGUGUCGUUGCUUUGUGUACCUGUGGAUGUUUUAAUGUGUUGCUGUAAAGUCAAUCAGGGUGAACCACUGUGUGACCGAGAGUCACAAAUAAAACCGUCUGCAUCAAAAAUCA